AACACCUUUAAAUAAUCUUGAUGAAAACAUUCAAAUUAUUAUUUUAGCAGAAAUUUUAUUAACAAAAUCUAAUUUCACCAGUAAACUUAAUAUUUGUGUGGAUCAUAAAGAAAUUAUUCUUCAAAAUGUAUCAAAACGACAAAGGAGAAAAAGGUGUGGCAUUGGAGAUACACCUAUUCUCAGGUUCCAUCACCAAGGGAAGGGAGCAGAUAGGCAUGUUACAGCAGAUAUGUGUUCAAAUAUACAUCAGUCCAUUGGAGUUAUUAUUCCAGUUGGAACGCCUAUAUGUAGACUGUGUAGAGAAAGAGUUUUAGAGAAUCAUGAAGAUGACAUAGAUCAGAAGGAUUUGGAGUGCUCAACUUCUGAUCUUAAGAGAAAAGGAAGCAGUUUAGACGACCUUCCACCUAAAAGAUCAAUGACUAUAAAUGUGAGCUAUGCAUCAAGUCAGUCAAGUCAGACAAGUCAACAGUUGACAGGGAGCCAGGAAACCGAGGACUCAACAGUUCAACAAGAAGAAAGAUUUGAAAAACUAAAUGACUUUCUGACUGUGUGUGGAGUAAGUCCGGUGAAAUGUAUGCUGAAUAGAAUGCAGGACUCAAGUGAAAGAACUCAGAGAAGAUACUAUGUAAAAGCUGACCAAUGUGUUUCCUUAGUACUUGAUACUAUAUUUAGGGAUGAAGACUCUGAUAGCAUUAAACAACAGUUGUUUAGUAAAGUGGAAAACUUUGAGGAAGACAAGGAAUCUCCGGAACAGUUUUUGCAAGCGGUUGCAGAUUCAUACAAGAAAGCAGAAUCUUGGUGUUUUCGACGACAGCUAUUAUCUGUAGUUACUAUUGAUUUCUCCUUUGAAGAAGUUUUGAAAUAUAUUCCAAAUCUUACAAGGUAUCGCUUUUACACAGCUAAAAAGCACACGAAGAGAGAUGGAAUUGGAGCACCAAUUAUUCCUCAGAAGCAAUACCGCCUCAAGUAUGAAGACAGUCAGUUGGAGCAUUUCAUUGACUUCAUUACUUCAACCAAUAUUAUCAAGGAUUUGCCAUUUGGAGAGAAAACACUUGUUCUGUCUACAGGAGAAAUCAUAAAGACUCCGAAUGUUAUAAGGAGCCUGGCACCAGCUAGUGUAGUGAGACAAUAUCAGCAGUUAUGCAAGGAACAAAAUAUGGAAUGCUUAGGAGAGAGUACUCUGUUCAAGAUUCUCCAAGACUGUCGUGCAUCUGUUCGCCAUUCCUUAGAAGGCCUGGAUUAUUAUGUUGUGGAGGGAGGGCAGGCAUUCAGCGACCUAGAAGAUGUCAUUACGGAUCUUGAUCUUACCAUUCAAGAAAAACAGCAGAUCACUUCCAAACUUCUAGCAGCCAAACAAUACUUGAAAUCUGAGUACAAGAUGCACAUCACUUUGCAAUCUCCAGUGGCUUAUCACUGUUGUUCCUAUGCAUUAAGUGAUUCCUCAGAUUUCUUCCACAAUCCAUGCACAGACCAUGAACAUGACCAGGUAUGCAUUGACUGUAAGAAUUUGGAUGAUACCUUACAGUUAAUUUUGGAAAAGACAACUGCAAGAAACUGGGACAACCAAGAUGCAUUUCUUUUCAAGGUUGAAAAUGCUGUCUCAAACAUAUGCGAGUGGAGAUGCCAUAUCAUGAGAUCCAAAAAUCAGGAACGUGCACAGCGGACUAUAACACAGUGCUUGGAUGAUGGUGAAGCAUUCAUAGUUGGAGAUUGGGCCAUGAAAUUUCUUCCCAGGAAGUACAGAGAAGGCCAGACAGAUUGGUUUGCCAAACGAGGCAUCAGCUGGCACAUCAGUGUGGUUUACUUGAAGGGAAAACAUGACACAGAAAUAUUUACAUGUGUUCAUAUUCUUGAAGGUCCUUUUUCCCAAGAUUCUUCAGUCACUGCAUCUAUCCUAGUUGAUACUGUUGCAAGUGUCCAUGGAAUUUCAAAAGUAAACUUUUGGACAGACAACGCAGGAUGCUACAAGAGCUCCCUCACUUUUUCAAUACUUUAUCAAGAGCUUGGAAGUCGUCUUCACUCGUUCAACUUCUGUGAAGCUCAGGCCGGUAAAGGAGUGUGUGACAGAAAGGCAUCCCAUUUGAAAUGUUCCAUAAAGCGCUACAUCAAUGAGGGACAUGAUGUUACUUGUGCUACAGAUAUGAAAAGAGCUAUAGAUUCACAGCAACAUGGACAGUACUUAGUGAAGGUUGUUAGCCCUACUGUAGUACUUGACGGAGACAAGCCCAUCCGAAGUAUUCCAUCCAUCACAAAAUUUCACAAUUUUGUGUUUGAUGCCCCUGGCCUCACUGUUUGGAAAGCUUUCGAGAUUGGGACAGGAAAACAGUAUCCUUGGGAUUUUCUCAUCCAAGGUAAAAUUAGCACAACCCCUCUUAGAGUUUUGUUUGAUGCCGAUCUUGUGGCCCCAGCAGAUGUGGUGGAAUCAGACACAGAUUCUGAUAAUGAUGAAACAGACGAAGAUGUACCAGACGUUGUACUUAAACAAAAGAAAGUGUUUGUUUGCCCAAAAGAAGGAUGUAUGAGCUCCUUCAGGACUUCGUCAAAUCUUGAUGCCCAUCUUAUUGUUGGUUGCAAAAAUGAUCAUUCUGCAUUGCGUUCCAUGCCAGAUAGGUGCAAGCUAAAGUAUUGUUCAAAACUGAGCUCUGGAGCUUUCUCAUCAGCUAAUAGUCAGUUAAUCUCAACAGAAGUAGAGGUUGAUGACUAUACCCCACCUUUGAAAGAAAUGGGAUGGGCACUCAAAGUCCAAAAACCAAAAACGAGAUUUACGGAAGACCAGAAACAGUUUUUAUUGGAUAAAUUCAAUGCUGGUAAAGUAACAGGAAGAAAAGAAGAUCCAUUAAAGGUGGCAGAGGAAAUGAGAACAGAACAGAGAAAUGGACAGAAUCGAUUCAGAAAGUCUGAAUUCCUAACAAGCCAGCAGAUUUCCAGUUUCUUUUCCAGAAUUGGACUUAAGGAGAAAAAAAUGGACAGAGACGAUGUAUUGGCAGCGACAGAAGAGGAACGAUUAUUUCUGUUUAAAAAUGAAAUCUUGAAAGACCUUUCAUAAUAUUCAUGUUUUUUAUUCAAAUAGUAAACAGCUAUAUUUAAAAGUUCAUCAAGAAUAUAAUCUUGGUUGCUACUAUAUGAUCAAAUUUUCUAAGAUGCUUUCACAGAAGAUAUAAUCACUUACUUUUAAUGUUGUCAUUUAUUAGAUAUGUUUACAUUUGAGGAAUUGUCAUAGUUUGCAGAAUUAUAAAUCAGACCACUUUUGUAGAAGCACAAUCAUGAGUUUGAACAAUGAUCAUUGUGAUGUCAUAAAUAUGAAAUCUUGACUUUAAGUCAAAGAUGCGCCUAAGAAUUAACAUUUUACUUUAGUUUUCUUAAUAUAAGGAGAAAUAUUUUCCUUUUAAACAUCAAUGCAACUGUAAUUGUGAGUAUUGUAACAAAAUUGAUUUUACAGAACAGAAAGGGUUUAUUCUAUUGUACCUAGCAGUAUAUACUUUGUAAUACCAUUGUUAUUUGUGUUUCAGAGUACAAACUCUUGUCGGUAGUCAUGAUCGAUACAUGUAUGUUCUAAAUUCUACUGAGGUUUGGGUGUGUUCCAGAUAUACUUUACCAUGCCUUUAUAUAUUAUUAUAUUAGAUUUGUGUUUCAAACACUGUCAUAGUUAGUCAUAUAACUGGUAUGAAGCUUAAUCUUGUUGAAGUUAUAGAAAGAUUCUGUAUGCUGCACUGUAUGAUCCAUGAAUGAAAGCUGUUCUUUGGCAAAAUGGUGAAUCUAGGUUUGGGAGAGGGAGAUGUUCAAGAAAAUUUUUAUUAUACCUUUAUUCAUGAUUAUAUUUUUUAGUGUGUGUUUUAAACACUGUCAUAGCUGUUUUGAUGUGAAGCUUAAUCUUGUUGAAUUAGAGUGUCAAAAAUUCUGUAUGCUGCACUACAUGAUCAAUGUAUGAAAACUGUUAUUUCGCAUAUUAAUGGUGAAUUAAUGUAUGAAAAUUGUUACAUGUAUUUGGCAUAUACAUGAAUUGGGGGGGGGGGGGGGGGUUGUUGUUCCAGAAUUAUUCCAUGAAACCUUUUAUUUAUAAUCAUAUUUUUUCAAUAUAUGGUUCAAACACUGCAAUAUUUGUUCAGCUGUAAAGCUUAAAUUGGUUUCAUUAUUGUUAUAAAAAGAUUUUGUAUGAUGCUACAUGAUACAUGUAUGAAAUCUUAAAUUUGGCAUAUUGCCAAUUUGACGAUUUUUCAUUUGGUUGCAAACAACAUUUGUAAUUAUUUGCCCAUGAAUAUUUCUAAUGAUUUUCAUUUUAUGUAGCCUCUAGUUUUAGAUGAUGUAAGUGAUAUUUCUUGAUGAUCCUGCAUAUUUCUUUUAUUUUGAUCCAACUUGAUUCAAUUUUUUCAUUUUUUUUCAAAAUUUUCAAACCCUAUUUUAGCAACUUUAGUACUUAGUAUUACAAUGUUUCAAAAUAUUCAUGCAAAAUAUAAAAUAUGUCAAUCUAAAGUGUUGUUAUAGUAGUUUCAAAAAAUAUUAGUAAUCGGGGUUCAGUAUGAUGCAGGGGUGUAAAACAAAUCAUGUAAAAAGCCUAGUUUUUACAAAAUAGCUAUGCAAAAAAUCUGCCAUUUUGGUCAAAAAUUUUGCAUUCCUGUUACCAUGGUAACGGGAGAGGCUGAGAAAAAAAAAUGGUCAUGCAUGUUAGUUUCAACCUAAUAUGAUACCAUGUGACAAGUUUGAAGAAAUUCUGAGAGAUGCUGUGGCCACCCUAUUUUGAAUAUGUGUGAUUUUUACAGAGAACUGGU